AUGCGAGGUGAAGAAGUGUGUGAUGAGGUCAAGAAACCGAUCGCCCUGCACGGCCACGAGCGUUCCAUCACCAAGAUCUGCUACAACAGCGACGGCGACCUGCUCUUCAGCGCCUCCAAGGACAACGUCCCCUCGGUGUGGUGGUCCGUCAAUGGCGAACGCCUGGGCACCUUCGACGGCCACACCGGUGCCGUCUGGACGCUCGACUGCAACUGGGACACCACCCGCGUCGUCUCCGGCAGCGCCGACCAGACCCUGCGCAUCUGGGACUGCGAGACGGGCAAGUGCCUGCACGUGGUGCCCACGCCCACCAGCGUCCGCUCCGCCGCCUUCUCCUACUCGGGCAAGUGGGUCCUCUACACCACCGACUCGAUGAUGAAACGCCAGCCGGAGAUCAACGUCAUCGACCUGGCCACAGGGGAGCACCUGUCCGGCGAGUCGGCCCUCUUCAAGGUCCAGCUGAACGCCGACCAGACGAAGGUGCUCAGCUCGCUGUGGGGCGCCCUCGAUGAGUCCGUGAUCACCGGCCAUGAGUCGGGCAAUGUCGCCCGCUGGGACCUGCGGAGUGGCUCCUCGCUGGAGAGCGGCACCGCCGUGGAGCCGAUGCUGGAGAACAAGGUCCACAAGGGGCAGAUCAAUGACAUGCAGUACAACAAGGACCAGACGAUGUUCAUUACCGCGUCGAAGGAUAACACUGCAAAGCUCUUCGACGCCUACACCCUCCAGCACCUGAAGACCUUCGUCACCGACCGCCCGGUGAACUCGGCGGCCAUCUCGCCCAUCUUCGACCACGUCGUCAUCGGCGGUGGUCAGGAGGCGAUGGAGGUAACGACCACCGACGCGCAGUCGGGCAAGUUCGAGAGCCGCUUCUUCCACCUCAUCUUCGAGGAGGAGUUUGGCCGCGUCAAGGGCCACUUCGGUCCCAUUCAGUCGCUCGCCUUCCACCCUGAUGGACGCAGCUAUGCGACCGGCGCCGAGGACGGUUUCAUCCGCCUGCAGGCCUUUGAUGACAGUUACUUCAACUUCAAGAUGGAGUACGAAUAA